AUGGUGCACUCGAAAGUAGUUAUUAUCGGCUCUGGCCCCGCCGCGCACACCGCCGCGAUCUAUCUCUCGCGAGCGGAACUGAAACCCGUCCUCUAUGAGGGUAUGCUGGCCAACGGCACCGCCGCAGGUGGUCAGCUCACCACCACCACCGACGUCGAGAACUUCCCCGGUUUCCCUGAGGGCGUGAAUGGCACGGAGUUGAUGGAAAGCAUGCGCAAGCAGUCGGUCCGGUUUGGUACCGAGGUGAUCACCGAGACCAUAUCGAAGGUCGACCUGUCUCAGAGACCCUUCAAGUUGUGGACGGAAUGGAAUGACGGCCCUGACAACGAGCCCGCUCGCACCGCGGACGCCGUGAUCAUCGCCACGGGUGCCAACGCCCGUCGCCUGAACCUGCCCGGCGAGGAGGCCUACUGGCAGAACGGAAUCAGCGCCUGCGCCGUCUGUGACGGAGCGGUGCCCAUCUUCCGCAACAAGCCUCUGUUCGUCAUCGGUGGCGGGGACUCAGCCGCCGAGGAGGCGAUGUUCCUGGCCAAGUACGGCAGCAGCGUCACCGUCCUGGUCCGUCGCGACAAGCUGCGUGCCAGCAAGGCCAUGGCCAGCCGUCUCCUGGCCCACCCCAAGGUCACCGUUCGCUUCAACACCGUGGCCACCGAGGUUCUGGGAGAGAACAAGCCCAUGGGUCUGAUGACCCACCUCCGCGUCAAGGAUACCAUCUCCGGCCAGGAAGAGGUCGUCGACGCCAACGGUCUCUUCUACGCCGUGGGUCACGACCCCGCCACCACCCUGGUCAAGGGCCAGAUCGAUCUCGACGACGAGGGUUACAUCCAGACCAAACCCAGCACCAGCUACACCAGCCGUGAGGGUGUAUUCGCCUGUGGUGACGUUCAGGACAAGCGAUACCGCCAGGCCAUCACCAGUGCCGGAUCCGGCUGCAUCGCCGCUCUCGAAGCCGAGAAGUUCAUCGCCGAAUCCGAAUCCCACAAGGAGAACCCCGUCACUGAAACCGAGAAGGCCGAUGUCGCAGAACGCAAGUCAAACCCUCUUCUUUAG